UUCGAAGGAAAAAGGAAUAAAUAGAAGUAGUGAUAGGAUCAACCACUUACAUCUUCCACCUCCUCAUCUCUCACGGUUUCUGAACCAGUUCAACAUGGACUCCAAAACCUGUUCAGUUAAAAUGUUGUUCUUUCCCUUCGUAGGAGGAGGCCAUCAAAUCCCAAUGAUAGACACAGCAAGAGUGUUCGCAUCUCACGGCGCCACAUCAAUCAUUCUAACCACACCCUCACACGCACUCAACUUCCAAAAAUCAAUCACUCGCGACCAACAUUCUGGUCUUCCCAUCACCAUUCACACUCUCUCCGCCGACAUAACCGACACAGACAUGUCUGCUACUCCCAUGAUCGACACCUCCGUUCUCCUCGAACCCCUCAAACAGUUCCUCCUUCAACACCCACCCGAUUGCAUUGUCAUCGACAUGUUCCAUCGUUGGGCUGGUGACAUCGUUGACGAACUCCAAAUCACAAGAAUUGUCUUCACCGGUAACGGGUGCUUCGCUCGCUGUGUCCAUGAAAACAUUAGAAGACACGUGGUGCUUGAGAAUCUGACUUCAGACUUUGACCCCUUUAUUGUUCCUAAUCUUCCUGAUAGAAUCGAAAUGACAAGGUCUCAACUUCCUGUUUUUCUGAGAAAUCCAUCUGAGUUUCCUGACAGGAUGAAGCAAUUAGAGGACAAAAGUUUCGGCACUGUUAUCAACAGCUUCUAUGACUUGGAACCUGCUUAUGCCGAUUACAUCAGAAACGACUUGGGAAAGAAAGCAUGGAUUGUGGGACCCGUGUCACUUUGCAACAGAACCGAAGCUGAUAAAACGGAGAGAGGGAAGGCACCAACCGUCGAUGAGCAAAAAUGCUUGAAUUGGUUGAAUUCUAAGAAACCCAAUUCGGUUCUUUAUGUCAGCUUCGGAAGCUUGGCUCGAUUACCACUGGAACAGCUAAAUGAAAUAGCGUAUGGUCUCGAGGCUUCAGAACAAUCGUUCAUUUGGGUGGUGGGGAAGAUUUCUAAUAGAAGCGAAGAAGAAAACGGAAGCUGGAACUGGCUUCCUGAAGGGUUCGAACAGAGGAUGAAGGAAAGGGAUAAUGGGUUGAUUCUUAGAGGUUGGGCUCCUCAGUUAUUGAUUUUGGAGCAUGCUGCAAUUGGAGGGUUUAUGACUCAUUGUGGAUGGAACUCAACUUUGGAAGGUGUGAGUUCGGGGGUGCCAAUGAUUACGUGGCCUCUUUCGGCUGAGCAGUUUUCAAAUGAGAAGUUGGUUACGAAGGUGUUGGGGAUUGGGGUCCAAGUUGGAAGCAGAGAGUGGGUGUCGUGGAAUACAGAGUGGAAAGAGUUUGUGGGUAGGGAUAAAGUGGAGUUGGCAGUGAAGAAGUUGAUGGUUGAGAGUGAACAGGUAAGGGAAAUGAGAAGGCGAGUCAAAGAUAUUGCUGGUAAAGCUAAAAGAGCUGUUGAGAAAGGUGGAACAUCUUAUGGUGAUGCUGAGUCCUUAAUUCAGGAGCUUAAAGCUCGCAGAUUGGCAAGACAAGUUUAGAUUCGAUAUUAGAUGUAUUGCUAGAGAAAGUUGAUGUUCAUUUUGUUUACGAAAAGUAAUGUUUUUUUAUUCACGCUUAGUACACAUUCAAAAUAACUAGAGAAAGAGUUUUUAUUUGAUAUUUUCCUGUAUCACUUGAAAUUUAAUGGUGGAUUAUAUGCGUUCAAUGGGGGCAUCCUUUUUAAA